GUUGGUUCUGUCGCUCAAACAUUUAUGUUAAUGAUCGCAGUGCCCUCGUGUCACGGGAAGGUCUAUGGAACGAGUAUUGUACAUGCAUAGGAUAAACACGCAAGAACUUGUUGCUUGGGUAUUGGCUACACUGAAGUGGGCGUGUGCGACACAUUCGGAGAACAUGUGUUUUGAUUCAUCAGGAAGAAGCGUAGGGCAAUAUUACCACGGAGUGUUGACAUUUGUGUUGUGUGUGCGUACUGUGUUUUACACCAAUCUUGCCAAAGAUAUGUCUUGAUUCUCAGAUAAGUGUGUUAAUCUCAACAACAUGGCAAAGUUUGUGCCAGGAUCUGCAUCUUCUCCGACAGCAGAAGUGGAGCUCAGUCUGUCAUGCAGGGACCUUUUGGACACCGAUGUAUUCUCAAAAUCGGACCCAAUGUGUGUUACUUACCUGAAGACGUAUGAGACACAAGACUGGAUUGAAGUGGGACGAACUGAGAUGGUCAAGAAUACAUUAAACCCAGAUUUUGUACGAAAGGUACAUUUGACAUACAGAUUUGAGGAACAACAGUGGCUGAAAUUCGCUGUGUACGAUAUUGAUACAGAAUCACCCGACCUUGGAGAACAUGAUUUCUUAGGAGAAUGUGAAUGCACUCUAGGCCAGGUAGUAUCUGCUGGUCGCUUAGCUUUGCAGCUUCAUCGUCCAUCUUACACACGGGGACAGUUAAUAGUAUCUGUUGAAGAGCUUGCAACGUGUCGUGAUGAAGUAAUUUUACAGUUUUGUGGGCGUAAUCUAGAUCGUAAGGAUUGGUUUGGCAGCUCUGACCCCUUUCUGGAGUUCCAGAGAGUUGGAGAAAAUGGCAGUUAUCAUGUAGUCCACAGGACAGAAGUGAUAAAGUGGACAUUGAAUCCUAACUGGAAACCAUUUGUAAUGCCAGUCAGAACCUUGUGUGCUGCCGAUAUGGAUCGCUCAAUUAAAAUUGUGUGCUACGACUGGAACCGCAGUGGGAGCCACAGCCUCAUUGGUGAAUUCUGUACAACAUUACGAGAACUCUCAAAUGGUCCAGGACCUGCCACUGUCUUCCACUGUAUACAUCCUCGCAAACAGGCAAAAAACCAGUCAUACCAACAUUCUGGAGAGGUGAGGCUUCUCCGUUAUGAAUACAAAAAAGUCUACUCUUUCCUUGAUUAUGUAAAAGAAGGAGGUACACAGCUGAAUUGCACUAUAGCCAUAGAUUUCACAGCUUCCAAUGGAGAUCCACAGAGUCCAGACUCUUUGCAUUAUAUAUCAUCAGUUGCACCAAACCAGUAUGAGCAGGCACUGACAGCUGUUGGAGAGAUAAUUCAAGAUUAUGACAGUGAUAAACUGUUUCCUGUGCUUGGUUUUGGUGCUCGUAUACCCCCUGAUGGAAGGGUCUCCCAUGAAUUCUUUGUAAAUAUGCUUCCCAGUCCAUUUUGCUCAGGAAUUGCAGGUGUUUUGGAAGCUUAUAAGAGUUGUAUUAGACAAAUUCAACUCUAUGGGCCAACAAACUUCAGCCCAGUUAUCAAUCAUGUUUCAAAAUUUGCAGAAACAUACUGUGAUGGCACACAGUAUUUCAUACUGUUAAUAAUCACAGACGGAGUAAUUACAGACAUGUUUCAAACAAAAAAGAGUAUAUUUUACAAAAUUGUUUCCAUUAGCAAGAAAAGUGGAUAUUGCCAUAAAUUACAAAGCUGUGUCAUGGAGCUGCCCAGACAGGUGAACAUUUACCAGAAUCAAAUUUUCUCUUAUCAAGUUUCAUAUUUUGAAACAACAAGAGACAUUUCCUAAAUGAAAUGUGAUAGCUUCCUUCCUCUCUCAUUCUGUGCAAAAGUAUGUUAUUCUGUGUACUUUAUUGAGACUAAACUAUCUUUUAAAUGUUAUGUGUGUGAAAAGAUAUAUAUAUAUAUUUUAUGAUUAAACUUUUUCAUGGCAUGUAAUCUUUAAUGACUUUUAUGACCUGUUCACAAUUUUUCUAUUGUCACUAGUGUCUUACAAAACUUCAAAUGUGUACAUUAAUACUGAAAGUGCUGUUAACUGUAACUCACAAAAAUAUUUGCUAUUGUUUAAACAGUUCCAUAACUUUGUUGUUGUUGUUGUUUGGUCCUUACCUAUCAGCCAGUAAGUAGUUUUUGUAUGAAUGUAAUGUAAAAUUCUGUUUUUUUAUAUUAACAAAUACAUCCUUCAC